AUGUCCAGCAUCUUUGCCUACGAGAGCUCUGAGGUGGAUUGGUGCGAGAGUAAUUUCCAGCACUCGGAACUGGUGGCUGAGUUCUACAAUACGUUCAGCAAUGUGUUCUUCCUCAUCUUUGGACCUAUCAUAAUGUUCCUCAUGCAUCCUUAUGCCCAGAAACGGACCUGGGCCAUCUACGGCAUCUCGGUCCUCUUCAUGGUCAUAGGUUUGUUCUCCAUGUACUUCCACAUGACACUCAGCUUUUUGGGGCAGCUGCUGGAUGAGAUUUCCAUCCUGUGGUUGCUGGCCAGUGGCUACAGCGUGUGGAUGCCCCGUUGCUACUUCCCGAAGUUCAUCAAAGGAAACAGGUACUACUUCAGCUGCCUUGUAAUUACGACCACUAUCAUCAGCACCUUCUUGACGUUUGUGAAGCCCACGAUCAAUGCAUAUGUGCUCAACAGCAUCGCCAUACACAUUCUGUACAUAGUGUACAAGGAGUACAAGAAGACCAGCAAUGGGGACCUUCGGCAUCUGACUGAGAUGUCUGUGAUCUUAUGGGCUGCUGCGCUGACCAGCUGGAUAAGCGACCGUGUGCUUUGCAGUUUCUGGCAGCGGAUCCACUUCUCCUACCUGCAUAGCAUUUGGCAUGUCCUCAUAAGCAUCACCUUCCCUUACGGUAUCGUGACCAUGGCCCUUUUGGACGCAGAGUACGAGAUGCCAGGUCAAACCCUCAAAGUCCACUACUGGCCCCGGGAUAGUUGGUUCAUUGGGCUACCCUAUGUGGAGAUCCAGGACAACGACAAAAACUGCUGA